AUGCCGUUUCAUCCUCUAAGCAGCAGGAACCCAGAGUCUCAGAGCGCUUCCUCCGGAGAGGCAGUCACGCAAGGCGUGACUCUUCCCAAGCUUGGCCUCGUAGACCUCGAUCUCCUGAGGGGGGGACGCCUCGACAUCCAGUGCCGUGCUGGGCAGGGCAUUAGGUACGACAGCUUUGGGCAGGCUGUCUUCAUGCUGCGCCAUGUAGCCAACUACGUACUGAGUCAAGCAGUGCCUGAAUCUGGGAACAGAAUAGCCUCCCCAAGGGUGCUCAAGGUGCCUGCUCAUCGAUCCACCUUGAACAGGCACCAAUAUGUUCUAAUUAAGAGAGUGUACAGGCUUUUCCUUUCGGCGGCGCAUGGUGGCAAGAAGGCGGUGCAGAUUUCCAAGAAGAGGAAGUUUUUCGCUGACGGCAUAUUCAAAGCUGAACUGAACGAGUUUCUCACUUGGGAGCUGGCUGAAGAUGGGUACUCUGGAGUUGAGGUCCGAGUUACACCAACCAGGACAGAAAUCAUUAUCUUGGCCACCAGGACACACAAUGUUCUUGGUGAGAAGGGCCGGCGGAUCCGGGAAUUGACUGCUGUGGUUCAGAAGAGAUUUGGCUUCCCUGAUGGCAGUGUAGAGCUUUAUGCUGAAAAGGUGGCCACAAGAGGUCUGUGCGCCAUUGCCCAGGCAGAGCCUCUGCGUUACAAACUCCUAGGAGGCCUUGCUGUGCGGAGGGCCUGCUGUGGUGUGCUGCGGUUCAUCAUGGAGAGUGGGGCCGAAGGCUGCGAGGUCGUGGUGUCUGGGAAACUUCCAGGACAGAGGGCUAAAUCCAUGAAGUUUGUGGAUGGCCUGAUGAUCCACAGUGGGGACCCUGUUAACUACUAUGUCGAUGCUGCCGUGCGCCACGUGCUGCUCAGCGGUGUGCUGGGCAUCAAGGUAAAGAUCAUGCUGCCUUGGGACCCAACUGGUAACACUGGCCCUAAGAAGCCCCUGCCCGAUCACGUGAGCAUCGUGGAACCCAAAGAUGAAAUACUGCCCACCACCUCCAUCUCCGAGCAGAAGGGUGGGAAGCCAGAGCCGCCUGCCAUGCCCCAGCCGGUACCCACAGCAUAAUAGGGUCUCCUUGGCCGCUGGAUCUGGAGUCUGGAUGUUGCUCUAUAAAGACAUUUAAUAAAAUCUUUUUAAAAGAAA